AUGGCAUCGGCAACCGUUUCUUUCUUGCACUUUGAGAAGCAGUUGGAUUUAUCCCGUGGCCCUGUGCAUGCAGAACCAGCCAUGGGGGUGGCUGAAGACAGUGGGCCAGUUCCUCGUAAAAGCGUACUCCAUCUAAGAAUGGAAUAUUCUACGAAGCUCAUGUCGUAUGCUCAAUUUGCGGUCAUGACGAACAGGACAUGUCACCCUAUCUAUACGCUACCAAAGAGGAAAAAUAGAUGCCAGUUCAUGAAGGAUCGUGACAGGCUGGCAGCAUCCACAUCCACUACAUGGCGUCUGCAGUCAGCCAAGCCAGAUGACAGGGAUGAUUCGGCUGUGUGCGUGUGCACCUUUGAGCCCGACCCAAAUCCUAUUCUCCUCGCUUUUCUCUCUACAGAUUCAAACUCACCCCAUGUCUCAUGCAACAUGAGCUCCGCCGCUCCAGUGUCGUUCAAGGCUUAUCAGCCGUACGCCCCCGAGGGUACGACCUCGACAUCCGACACGGAACCAUUCCCAGCUUCAAUAGACUUUAGGCGACGCUCAUACAUCACGACUUCGUCAUCCAACACAGAUUUACCGACACUGCGAAUCCAACAUGAUGGGUCGGGACACCAUGUAAAGCAACAGCCCCCUAAGCUGCAUAUAAACACCGGCAGCAAUUCACUGGCUCCCUCAAGCUCAAGGCCUCGUGCUGUCUCGUGGAGCCCUGGUAUGAGCCCAGAAGUCGAUAAAAGCGGUCACGAUGCUCUUAGCUUUCUGAAUGCUCACGUCUCCGAGUUCCGAGAACGUCCCCGGUCUGGGUCAGAACUGCCCAAGACGAUAACACGCAAGGAACCAGUUCAACCAAAGCCCCAAUCGACCGCGGUACCAUUGAGCUUAGUUCCUGGAUUUAAUACCCCGCCUCAGAGCCUAGCCGUAGGCCAUGGGGCUCGCGAACGGGCACAUUCGACAACAUCAUCGACAGAUGGAACCCGCGAACACAAGGACGAAAAUGCAUUCACAUCUGCACUAAUUGCCGAAUUGGAGGGAGAGCUUGGCGUCACCGCCAGCCGCCCUUCAUCCGAAAAGGCAUUUGUGGCAUGGCCUGGACCGGCGCCGUCAAGUCUUGGAGUGACAAACUCCAAAGACCACAGAAAGAGCUGGAGCUACUACCAGUCAAUCCCAGCCGAUUUUACGCCAGAGCAGACGACCUAUGUUCCUUAUUCGGGUGCGACACAGGCACCGUCGAUGGCGGCUUCGACAAAGACCUUCCAGCCUUUCAAGCCUGCUCAGCCCCAGAUAGCCCACCCACCUAGCAUGAUACCCGGGCUUGGAUGUCUGGACACCGGGGCUUUUAAUCAGAACAACUAUAGACAUUCGAUGCCCGCAGGCGGUAUUAUGGGCCAGUCCAACAACAGCAUGCCCUCCUUGUUGGGUCUCGAAGGCUUCGAGGCCUCGUCAGUUUCUCAGCAUCUCCCCCCCGAGCGACCAGCAGCGCCACACCGCCGUGUAGCAUCAUUUCAAAAGCAGACACCUCCCGUUUCGAAGCCUGGGACUCCUGAGAGCUUUCCUUCAAGUGGGCAUGGGUCGCCAUUCGUCAGGCCAGUGCAGCAACAGCAGCCACCAGAAGUCGAGAUCGAGCCGCCUUCCGCUAUCGAGCCCGAGGCCCAUAUAAAAGCCAACCUGGAGGCGCCAGCACGGUCGAGGCGACCAGUCUCAGCCCCCAUGGCAGGUCUCCCUAUGGUUCUUCUUCCUGGCCAUAUGCAAGGUGCUCCUACCGCCUCUGCCCCUAGAUCUGGAAGCUUGCCUGCUACGGAGCGGAGAGCAAAGCCCGAGGAUUACGAGGAGGAGGAUACAAAGUCAGAGCAAGGCGGUAAUCCUGCACCCACUCAGCAGGGUGGCAAGGUCGAUCGUGCUGCUGUACUUGCAGCUGGUGGAGGCCUUGGAUUCCUCGUUUCCUCUCAACUUCGUCGGGUGGACACAGAAGAUAUGCAACCGACGAGCACGGAACCCAGACAGCAAGAGGUUAUUGCCAAGACUAACUGGCAACCGGCUCCUGUUACCGGUCACUCGCGGAACUCAUCCUCUCAGCCGAUGCUACCUGAACUCGACCUCUCUGACCUAGAGUUGAAUCUCGAGCCAUCAAAGACCUCAAAGGGCGCACCCCGCAACCAACCUGUGCCUAACUCUAAAUAUGGCAAAUCUACUCGUGAUGCGGAGGAUGAGAUGUCUGACUACGAGCACGACCGCGAUGAUUCCGACGAUGAAGAUGAUGUUCGGCCCAGCCGCCCUAAUGCUGUGCGCCUGAACACUCAGGACAACACCUACUCGCCAGCGCGGUGGGAAAAUGAGGAGGUUGACUAUGAAGGGUCGAAGUAUUACCGACGAGCUGCGUCUUGGCGAUCUCAUGUAGGAAAAUAA